AUGAAGCGGGAGAAAUUAGACAAAUGCUUUGGAAAAUUCUUGGAGAUGCUGAAACAGUUGUAUGUGAACAUCCCGUUCAUGGAGGUUCUCACACAGAUGCCAGUCUAUGCAAAAUUCUUAAAGGAAAUCCUCUCAAGCAAAAGGAAGCUCGAGAAAACGAAAGUGGUCAAACUCAAUGCCUACUGCAGUGCCAUUAUACAAAAAAAAAUUCCAAAGAUGUGUGGGGAUCCUAGCAAUUUCACUAUACCUUGCUCGUUAGGUAGCGAAACUUUUGACAAAGCCUCGUGCGAUUCAGGAGCAUCCAUUAACUUGAUGCCAUUAUCGGUGUUCAAGAUAUUGGAAGGAGAGCUAGGAGUGAUCAAAUCUAUGCCAGUAUCCUUGCAACUGGCUGAUCAGACCACGAUCAUACCAGAGGGCAUAAUCGAGGACAUUCUGGUAAGGGUAGACAAAUUUGUUUUCCUAGUAGACUUCAUCGUGGUAGAUAUGGAAGAGAAUAAGGAGGUACCUCUAAUCCUGGGGAGACCAUUUCUUUGCACUGGCCGGGCUAUUCUUGAUAUAUAUGAGGGGCAACUCAUGCUACGAGUGGAAAACAAAAAAAUAGUGUUUCAAAUGAAGAGAAUGAUGAAAUACCCAUGUGAUGAGGCAUUUGCCUAUGCUUGUCUCAAGCUAGAUAUGGUGGGAGAGUUAGCUGAACAGCACAAACUGGAUAAGCUAGUAGGUGACUCACUAGAGAGAUGCAUUAGUCAAUCAAGCACAAUAGAGGAUGAAGAUACUGAGAUCAAGAAGGAAGUUGAGGCACUGGAAAAUGAGAACCAGGUGGUAGAUGAAGAAGAAUUCGAGAAAGAAAAGAGCAAGCCGAAGCUGGAAUUGAAAGUAAUCCCGACACAUUUCAAAUAUGUUUUUUUGGAGACUAACAAAUUUCCUGUGAUUGUUGUUGCUGAAUUGACAGGUGAACAGGAACACAUGCUUGUGGAGUUACUACAAAAGCAUAAAAAGGCAAUCGGUUGGAGUAUAGCCGAUAUUCAGGGGAUCAGCCCUACAAUCUGCAUGCACAAGAUCUUGUUAGAAAAAGGGAGUAAACCAGUGGUGUAG